UUUUAGUUGAAACACUUAACGUACAACUGAUUAAAAAAAGCUAAAAAUGUUUACGAAUGUUGUCACUACAUGCUUCGUCGUUCUGGUAAUUUUUCAUAUUUGCGUUUCUGAACCGCACUGUUCUAAAUUUCAUUAUGAAGAGAAGCUCUUAGAGAAAAUGAUAAGACUUGAAAUUUCUGUGGAAGCUAUGAAAAAGGAAAUUGAAGAGUCUCGGAACCAAGUAACGACAACUCUUGGUAAUUUACAAACAGAAAGAAGCACAUGGGAGAAAACAUUACUGACCACGAAAGACACAAGCGUUACAGCAUUAGACACUGCCAUUCAAGAAACAAAAACACAAGUUCAAGACGAACUGAAUGUUCUAGCAGCCGAGAAAGAAAGAUGGAAUAAAGAACUAAAGGAGUGCGUGAAAAUACCAGAGGUCGUUGUAUUCUCUGCAAGAAAUCCAAAGGACACCUCACUAACAAAUGGACAAACCAUGGUUUUUACAGAGAUCAUUUUGAAUAAAGGCGAUGCUUACAGCAAAGAGAAUGGUGUAUUUACUGUUCCUUAUGCUGGAAUCUAUACGUUUACUGUACAGUUUUGUGUGUAUCCUGGAAAAUAUUUUGAUUUUGCUUUCAUGGCCAAUGGCACGCCGUUUAAGAGAUCACGGAUCCAAAGACACAGCACUAGUUACUUUUCCUGUUACAGUUUCGAUGCCGUAACCAUUGUUGAUAAGAAUGAUAAUGUGAAAAUUAAGAUUAUAGGCUGUUAUUCAGGAACAACUUUAGGGGAAAGCAGUGAUUACUACUGGAACACAUUCUCUGGUCGUCUUAUUCAGGCCAUUUAGAAAUUGAAAUAAAAUGCUAAAUACUAACAACAAUGUAAAUUUAUAUGCACACAACGAUGAAUACGAAAUAUAUGUUAGAACUAUGUUUA